UUGUGCAAUGCCACCUCCAAUCCGUCGAACACCUAUCACACACUCAAUUUGGAGGGUGCACGUCGGUGUCCUGCAUUCCCGCCCGAUGGAGCUACCACCACCGUCGCCGACCUUCCUCGCCGCCGCGCUCGCCGCCGCCCUCUUCCUCGUGGCCGUCCUCCGCGGGCGCCCCGCGCGCAAGUAUGACCUCCCGCCGGGCCCCCGGCCGUGGCCCGUGAUCGGCAACCUGGACCUGAUCGGCCCGCUCCCGCACCACUCCGCCCGCGACCUCUCCGCGCGGCACGGCCCGCUCGUGUCGCUCCGGCUCGGCUCCUUCCACGCCGUCGUCGCCUCGUCGCCCGAUAUGGCCAGGUUCUUCCUCAGGACCCGCGACCUGGCGUUCGUCGACCGCCCCCGGACGGCGGCCGGCAGGUACACCACCUACAACUGCUCCGGCCUCUUCUACUCGCCCUACGGCGCGUACUGGCGCCAGGGGCGGAAGCUCUGGCAGGCCGAGCUCUUCAACGCGAGGCGGCUCGCGUCGCUCGAGCACGUCCGCGGAGAGGAGGUGCGCUCCAUGCUCAGCGACCUGCGCGCCGCCGCGGCGGUGGUGGCGCUCAGGGAGCACCUGUUCAUGGUGAACCUCAACGUGAUCUCGCGGAUGGUGCUGGGCAGGAAGUACAUCGUCGAUGGGGCUGGCUCGCCGUUCACGCCGGAGGAGUUCAGGUGGCUGAUCGACGAGCACUUCUUUCUCAACGGCGUGCUCAACAUCGGGGACGUGAUACCGUGGCUCAGCUGCCUGGACCCGCAGGGGUACGUCAAGAGGAUGAAGAGGUCGGCCAAGAUGUUCGAUCGGUUCCUGGAGCACGUGCUGGACGAGCACAACGAGCGGCGGCGGCGAGAGGGCGAGGAGUUCGUUGCCAGGGACAUGGUGGACGUGCUGCUCGAGCUCGCCGACGACCCCAACCUCGAGGUCCCCAUCCACCGGGAUGGUGUCAAGGGGUUCAUUCUAGACCUCAUCGGCGGCGGCACGGAUACCUCGGCGGUGACCGUCGAGUGGGCCAUGUCGGAGCUCCUGCGGAACCCCGAGGUCCUUGCCAAGGCCACCGAAGAGCUGGACCGUGUCAUCGGCCGCGACCGCCUCGUGGCGGAGGAAGACAUCCCGAACCUCCCCUACAUGGAGGCCGUCGUGAAGGAGACCAUGCGCCUGCACCCUGUCGCGCCGCUCCUGACGCCGCGGCUGUGUCGGGAGGACGUGUCCGUGGGCGGCUAUGACGUCCCGGCAGGCACGCGCGUCCUCAUCAACAUCUGGGCCAUCGGCCGCGACCCGGCGGUGUGGGAGGCUCCCAUGGCGUUCCGGCCGGAGCGGUUCGUCGGGAGCGGCGUGGACGUGAAGGGGCAGGACCUGGAGCUGCUGCCGUUCGGGUCCGGCCGCCGGAUGUGCCCUGGCAUCGGCCUCGGGCUCAAGAUGGUGCAUAUGAUCCUGGCCAACCUGCUGCACGCCUUCGCGUGGAGGCUCCCCGACGGUGUGGCGGCGGAGGACCUGAGCAUGGAGGAGACGUUCGGGCUGACCGUGCCCCGCAGAGUCCCGCUCGAGGCUGUCGCCGAGCCGAAGCUCCCAGCUCACCUCUAUGCUUUGUCCUGAGGCGUGCAAAUUUGACCUCCAGAUGCGUAUACGACAUGCAUUGCACGUGCUUGUGCCGACAAUAAGACUUCACGAGGGAACCUCUAUACUCUAUUUCACUCAGUAACUUAAAUUUAUGCAUCCUAUAUGUUAUUAAGCCAAGUUAUCGAUAAAAUAAAGAAAGAUUGGACUCGUACCACUAAAAGAA